CAGCAGAGGCUCCAGCAGAGAGUCAGUCUCCAUAGACUCUCUGUAAAUAUGAUUAUUUUAAUAUGUAACUGUUUCAGUCUCUAUAGAUAAUUCCCCCAUUAUAACACCUUCACUGGCGCAGCGGGGGGGUAGCCUUUAGAAAGGUUGAGGGGCAUGGCCUCUUUGACUGACAGGUGGUUGGUGAAACAGGUGGGUGUAGCUGCUAGUUGUCUGUUAGCUUCACCUGAACUGGACCUCUGGACGUGUUUGUGCUGUUGGAGCAUUUUUAAUGACAUCAUGUGACCAAUAACACGCGUAGUCUGAGGUCAGGGUUCGGGUUAGGAUUGCUACUGAGCAGUCCAUUCUCUCAUCUAAAUAUGGUCACAUCUAGUACCAGAAACCAGCUCGGCAUUAGCCAAAACACUAACGCUUUGAUAUAAAGAUCAGUGACAGUGAUGACACAGCCAGCAGAAAUGAAGCUUUCAGCCAGCUGCAGUUGAUAUCACAUGUCAAGCCCCUGCAGGUCAAAGUUUGGGAGCAGCUCUGUAAAGAAACGAGAGGAAAGGGGUCACAGAGCAGCGUCUCGUUAGCCGCUCUGCCUAUUCGCUUCUGAUGGCAGAAGUUGAGAAAACUUUGCCGCCUGUUGUGCUGCCAGACCGAGCUGCUGUGCCUCUGCUAACAACAGGAGGAUUAACCGCAAUCGUCAGAUCUGUAAAUCGAUGUAUCCCGCUGGGCAUAAAAACCACCACAGCCGGCUCCAGUUUGUUUUCCCUCUCAGCUGUGGUGGCGUCGAGCCAGCCGGCUCCCCGAGAAACUCACAAUAAGUUUAUGCAGGUGGAGCCGGAUCACGUGGUGUGUGUGCGGCUGAUCCUGAGACAGCCGUCCUUGGCCUGGUUAACCUUCAGCCUUGAAGACAUUAAAAUAUUCCCUCACACGGAGCCGGACCCAGAGAAGGAGGUUUCUGAUUGGCUGUCUGACCUGACCCUCAUUGACCAGCACCCUGAUCUGGAGGGUCUCCCUGACCCGCAGACCGUAUCCUCCAGCAUCCAGCAGAUGUGGGCUCUGACUGAGGUGAUGCAGACCAAUCAGACGACAGCAUCCAUCGGACGGUUCGAUGUGGAUGGAUGCUACGAUAUCAGCCUGCUCUCCCUGACAUAAAGAUGUGUGUGUGUGUGUGUGUGUGUGUGCGUGCACGUGCGUGUGUGUGUGUGUGGGACGCUUGUAUAUCGGAGUUCAUGAUGGCGGCUGUAACAGCAUGAAGAGAAAGUGCUGACAGAGACAGACUGACCUCUGCUCGUCACCCUGUGGUCAUUUCCUGCCCUGAUGUGAUGCUGUCACAGUAUUUAAGCCUUCACUCUAAUGUCUAAUGCGAAGACCUGCGAGUCCUUAAAGUAUCUGUACUAAAGACUCGUUCACUAAUAAAAAAUAUCCUAAAGUAA